AUGGGAAAAAAGCAUAAAGGAGGCCGACGCAUGCGUCAUGAAGAAGAUGAUGAUGAUGAUGAAGCUGCGUCUGUAGCGUCAGUAGAGACCCGUAAGACGAUCAUGUCAGAAGAUAGAGAGUUUUAUGAUGGAUAUUCAAAGGACGUCAAUGAUCAACAAGGGAUUGAUGAAGCUAUUGAGGAGCUGACCGAGGAGAGAACGACCAUACGGAUUUCUGCCAUGGAAAAGCUGACUGCCUACUUGCUGCAGUGUUUGGCGCCGGAAGACGUGAAUGAAAAAUUUAUCGACAAUGUGCUUGGAUGCUUACGCAAGCCGUCUGAAGGUGAGGUAGUACUAGGAUCUCGUAUUUUGGCGAUCCUGGCAAUCACUUUUGGAGACGAUGAGGAGCGUUUCUUUCAGCGAUCAAAAGCCGUGCUAACCCCAAUGAUCAAGGCAGCCAAAAAUGCGAAGGUCAAAGUGGCGGCGAUCCGUGCCCUCGCAUUAAUUUGUUUUAUAAGCAGUGUUGAAAAAGAAAAUGCUGACGAACUUUUAAAGCUACUUGAGACGUUCUUUGACCCGAAAAUACUUGGCGAUAUUUGUAAGGCUGCGCUUGAUUCGUGGGGGCUUGUUGCGUCAUCUAUGUUGGAUGAAAUUCUAGCCAGCGAUGAUUUGCUGGAAAGACUGGUGCCAAGGUUUAUGGUUUUACUAGACCACAAGGACGUUGAAGUACGUUCUGCCGCUGGCGAGAAUAUUGCUUUCUUGCAUGAAAGCGCUCGGUAUUGUGGCGUUUCUCUGCCAGAUGGAGAAGAGAUUUUGAAACGUUUUCUUGAAAUGAGCAAGAUCAACAGCAAAAAAAACAGCAAAAAGGAUCGCAAGACGCAACGUGUUGUGUUUCGAGACAUUUACUCGACACUUGCUACCGGCAAAACUCCAACUGUCUCCUUUACGGUGAAGAGCGAAGUGUUGACGAUUACUUCGUGGAAAUCUGUGAAGCAAUUUGAAGCGGUGAAGGGUUGUUUGCAGACUGGUCUUCAGAAGCACAUUAAGUAUAAUAAUGUGUUCCGUUCGAUGCUGGACUUGCCUGAGAUGUUAGAGGACCGCAAAGUGGAAAGGAGCGAUGUUUUUGACAAGAAGUCUACUUCGAGAAAGCAACGAAGCAAUGAGCUUAAAGGAGACCGGAAAAGGAAGCAAGGUAUACAGGAUACCUUUUAUGACGGUGAUUUAUAUUAA